CGAUGCUGCGCGCGACGCGACGACACUUGGGCUAGAGGCGAGGCGGCGCGCGGUAGCGGUAUGGCGGGGACACUGUGAGCACGCCGACGGCGGACCGCGGCGGACCGGACGGGGCGCUAUUUCGACAUCCAGAAUUAAGGGACUCGACGCGCUCGGGGCGAAGCAAAGGGAGCCACCAUGGCGGACCAGUCCUGCUUGACGGUGUCGCUGUUCGUCAUGGCGCUGACGUGCUUCAUGGCGUCGGUGGGGAGGCGCGUGGCCGUGCGCCGCACGCGGAGCCGGCCGCUGGUGCGCGGCCUGCUGCUGGAGGCCAUCGCCACGGCCGAGCUGUGCGCCUGCUGCUUCGAGCUCAUCAUCGUGGCGGACAACUUCGGCGUGGCCGCCUACGCCGCCGUGCUGUUCGCGCUGACGGUGUGGUGGUCCAACGAGUGGGGCGAGGCCACGGCCUGCCCGUACACGCACCUCGAGGACGUCCUGGACGGCAAGACCGACGUGAGGGUGGCGGCGCUCAAGAUCUGGGCGCAGCUCACCGGCGGCGUGCUCAUCUUCAGGUACAUCCAGGUCAUCUGGUGGCUGGAGCUCUGCGACACGCACAAGAACCGCGCCUUCGAGCAGUGCACCGCCGACCUGCAGGUGCCCGUGCUGCUGGGCGCCGCCAUCGAGGGCGUGGCCACCGCCCUGUGCCGCAUCGCCUCCAGGGCCAUCGCCGACAUCGAGCCCAAGUUCGCCAGCAUCAUCGAGUCCUUCAUCGGCACCUCCCUCGUGGUGGCGGCCUUCCACUUCUCCGGCGGCUACUUCAACCCCGCGCUGGCGACGGCCCUCAAGCUGGGCUGCAAGGGCCACACCGCCUACGAGCACCUCAUCGUGUACUGGGCGGGCGCCUGCGCCGGCGCCGUGGUGGGCACCCUGCUGUACAAGCACCCCUUCAUCAAGGAACGCAUCCUGGGCCCCGAACGCGCCGCCAGGCUCAAGAAGGCCCUGUAGGACCCGGCCAAACAGCUAUCUGUGAUUACUGCAAUUGCCUCCGUCUCUCUUUUAUUUUUGUGUAAAUUAUUUAUCUAUUUGUUUUAAUGUGUUUAGGCUAGUGUGUAACGCUCUCUAAUAUGAACCUUGUGAUUUCUUUUCUUGUGGUAUUUUUGAUUUUAGAUUACCCAAAUUCUCACUUGAUAGGACCUAUAAUAAGUUUCAUCCCAAAAGAGGUCAAUUUUUUUUGUUUAGAUGCCAGAUGGAAGAAUCUGCUGAGGAGCAUGCUCACAAAGUAUGAACUGUGCUCAGAAAAGGUGGAAUGCAGUGUAUAAAGACUCCAAAACAAAAGUCA